AUGGACAUGUCGUUACCACCUUCCUCUUCAUAUAAUGGAAAUAACAACCGCGCUGGUGUUCGUUUCACUUAUGGCCAAACUAGAACAAUACUUAGUCAAGAUUUCGAUUCUCUUCUUACAGAUUCUUACUCACCCUCGAAAUACGAUGACGACAGUGAGAUGGAGAUAGAGUUGGAAUCGAAAAGGAAAAGCUUCAAAAGUAUUCAUGAACUUCGAGAACAGGGCGAAAACAAGCGAUUCACUGACGAGAUAGAAUAUAUUCUCGAUGGUAUUCGAGAAGCGCAACCAGUGAAUGUGCGUAGAGCUAGUGUGCUCGUGCUCGCUCAAAAACUGCUAAAGACCGAGUUUAUGACAAAAAUUCGAUCUCACCAUUAUAUCCCGAAGCUAUACGAUACUCUAGUAACACAGGAUGAUACCAUUGUCAGAUGUUGCUUUGCAUUUGUUGUUUGUCUAAUGAUCGAAGAUCGACGUAAUUCUGAAUUUUUCGCUGGAAAGGCGGAAUUUACAAGAUUGGUCACUGAAUUUUUGACAUUCCAGUCUGAUCCAUUACGUGAAGAUCUUUCAAAGUCAUCUUGGAAAAAGACUGAAAAGUCACUGAUUGGUGAGUUGAAAGAAAUCAUUUGUCGUUCUGAUAUCUUUUCAGACAAGAAAGAGAUUUCACUGAAAUCCAUUGCGUUGCGAUCCUUGUCGUCUUUAAUAUCCUACAAGACAAAAUACGAAGAUGUCAUAAAAAAGAGAAUAAGAGCAUGUGAUGGUCUAUCGAUAGUGGCGCGUAUUCUAAAAGACGAACUUGUACCAGUCAAAAAAUUGUUACUCGCCUUUGAAAAGGGGAAAACAUCAAAAAUAAAACAGAAGUUGUUACUGAACUUUGAACGUGUUGAGCAAUGUCUUGGAAUAUUGGAAAAUGUCACGGCCUUUUGUCCCGAGAAUCAGCUCAUAAUCGUGAAUCACGAAAAAGACAUUCUUCCAAUGUUACUAGAAUUUUUGCUUUACUGUCACCUUGAAUCGUGCGACUCAAAUGCGGAAAAUCCAUCGAUAGCUUUAGAAUGUCUUCUCGGAUGCCUUCGUGUUCUAAUAAAUCUAACUCAUGACAAUCAGCAAUGUUGUCGGGACGUGGGUAAAUCACCUGGAAUGGUGAUUCUAAUGCGUCUGGCGACUGUAGGACAACUUCCGUCUAGACAAUCAAUAAAUUAUAACAAGAUUAAUACGGAAAAGGAAGAAGGGAUAGAAGAAAGUGUUGAGGCUACGAAAUUUGAUGUGCUUUUAUUGAGUAUCGGGUUACUUAUUAAUUUGGUAGAAAUAGAUUCCGGCAAUCAAGAUGAGUUUCGGAAAAUUGAACAAAAUCCAAAUUGUCCUGGUACACGUAGUUGUUUACGACUUUGCACCUGUUCUUCUCGCAAGUCGGCAGUAUCGUGCCUAGUUUCAUUAUACAACCAUCAGAUUGAAAAAGGGGAUGAUAAGACCGACAGCAACAUCGUCGCUGCAUAUAUGGCCAUAUUGAUUGGUCUACUUAUCAAGGACAAUAAAGCCAAUCAAGAAUUACGACUACCCGGAAACUCUGUCCAAUCGCUCAUCAACCUUUUACAAGACUUUGUAAAAUUCCACGAAUUAGUAGGAGGCGAAGCAUCCACAAUUGGAAAUAGCGGACAAAAUUCCGUGGACUUGGAUGCAUUUUUGGAUGAUGAUGAUAAUCAUCAUAGUAGUGGUGGAAUCACUGGUGUUGCUGCUAGUGGUGGCGGUAAUGUGAUGCUACAACGAUCUCCGCAAAAUCAGCAACAGCAAUCAAAUGGACGCAAUAUCGGAGACUCGUUUCUUGAAAUUGUAGAUAGUUUGAAAGCAUUCGAACAGAAACGGUUGGGCGGUGUGUCAAACAGUUAA